GCGUUUGUUGUUGAAGCUGGUUUUGUGCUCGUAUGGAUGCAUGAGACUUCAUGAGUUGGAAGAUUGUUGAGUACACAGAAUGGCCGCUCUGUGUCCCAACGAUUUCAAACCCAUCGGCUGGCUCUGCAGGAAGAAACGAUAUUCAUUGAAAUGGAAACUAUGCAUCUCUAUGAUCUUUGUACUGAUGACGUCCAUGUGGAUAAAUCCCAAACUGUUAAUGUCAAUGCUAACUCCAGUUUCAGAAUACAAAAAGCAAGACAUAACACCUGUUAAGAACUCAAAACAUUUAAUGGUUUCUGCCUUCAAAGACCACAGAAUAAAUGGAAGCACUCGGAUCAUCAGCAUCUUAAACAGAGACCAGCUGCAGCCACUGUUUUGCAUUUUUUGUUGUGGAAAAAAUAAUUAUUCCACACCAGCAACAAUAGAUAUGCACAGUGACCAUUUUGGAUUUCGCUAUUUGACAACGGAUGUGUUGUGUAGGAAUAAACCAAAGAGUAAUGCCAUGUACGUCACACUCUCUCUGAAGCCAGACGUGCUGUACAACCUAACAGACUUCUUACCAAUACAGAACCAGAUACAGGAAGAGGAAGCAUUUUCAUAUGAAUUUACCAUUUGCAUCUCCAGCCUGUUUGGAAGCUAUAACAAUGUCCUGCAGUUUGUACAGACUAUGGAAGUGUACAAGCUCCUGGGCAUUCAGAGAGUGGUGAUCUACAACACCAGCUGUGGUCCAGACCUUGAAAAGGUGCUGCAUUACUACAGUGAGGAGGGUAUACUGGAAAUCGUACAAUGGCCUAUAGACCAAUUCCUCAUCCCCUCCAGAGGCUGGAACUUCAAAGAGCACGGGGGGGACAUCCAUUACUAUGGUCAACUGACCACUCUUAAUGAGUGCAUCUACAGAAACAUGUACAGGUCCAAGUAUGUGCUGCUGAAUGACAUUGACGAGAUCAUCAUGCCUUACCAACACGCAAACCUCCAUCUGCUCCUGGAGGACCUCCAACAAGAGCACCCAAAUGUGGGCGUUUUCAUCAUUGAGAACCACAUCUUCCCUAAAACCCAGUUUGACAACAGCGGCCAAUUCAACCGCACAGAGUGGAAGAAGGUGCCAGGGAUCAACAUCCUGGAACAUGUUUACAGGGAGCCUGACAGGAAGAACGUUUUUAACCCAACCAAGAUACUUGCCAACCCCAGACAGGUGGUGCAGACGUCUGUGCACUCAGUCCUAAAAAAAUAUGGACAGACCUUUAGGGUACCGCCAGAUGUGUGCAGGAUCGUGCAUGUUCGAGUGUCCCUACAAAGCAACCUCACAAAGGAACAACUGUUUGUGGACAAAAAGCUUUGGGAAUUUGAAAAGCCUCUCCUGCCAAAUGUUGAUAAUGUAUUUAAAAAAACGGGAUUCUUGAAUUAAAAUAGAGGUUCAGGCAUACCCCUAACAGCAGGUGACAUUUUUAGGAUUACUCUAAAUAAAUUUCGAAAUGGAAGACUGAAGAUGCUAUCAGUAUCAGACACAUAGAUUUACAAAGGGGAACAAAGCGGCCUUGACUUAAUCACAAUUUCAGAAUUACUAUGUAGUAUGCACGUUGGGACAUUGACUUAAUUACAUGCAUAUUUCCUUGCACCCAAUAGAGAACAUCAUUACCUUUUUUGGAAACAAGAUGUAAGGCCAAUACAUAGAGGUGUUACGAUUGUUCAGUGCUCCGAGAAAGUAAACUCCUCACUAAUAACAACUUUGAAUUUAUAACCAUCUCGUCCUACCUCUUCUGUGCUGCAUCUGAAGUCACCUGAUCAAUGGACCCCUCUGUGCAGAGUCUAACCCAGCCCACUGAACUUUGCUGUGAUAAUCGUAAAAUUGUUAAAUUGCUCUUUUGUGAACAUCGAAAAAUUGCGUACUUGUUAAAUUGAUACAAUGUGAAUUUUGAAAGCAAUUUGACAGUUAAGAUGUCACGUGACUUGUUCUAGCUGAAGUUUUCUUAUGUGGUAUUUAAGAAAAUUAUCUGAGAUGCUUAGCGAUGAGCAUUGAGACACUGAGUACAGCUGAGGCCAAAACAUGUUUGUCUUUUAUGUUCACAAGUAAAGGGCUGAAAAGGAACAAUGUUGCCAAGAUGCUUUUGAAUAAAUACUUUUUGUUGGGCUCUUAUAUACAUGAAAAGUUUAUAUAAUAUUUUUGUAGGCCAAAUGUUGCCAUUGCUGUGAUGUUGUUGCCCUCAAUUUGUUAAACCCUGAAGCGACUGGGAUCAGAUCUGACCCAAGCUUUAAUUUUAUUCCUACCUCUUAGGUUAUUUAUUUGAUCUGUCUGAAAUUACUGGACUUUGUCAAGAAGUUGUCUUCUAUAAAUGAAUAUCAUUG